UGAUGAUGGGGUUUUGAAAGCAGAGCCAUUCGUGUGGGUCUCUGGAGGGUCCUUGCUUACGUACAUAACACCCCCACGUUUUCUUUUCUCUUCCCAAUUAAUUUCCUUCUACUAAAACCCCUCCUUACUCUCAAACUCUCUUCAUCUCCUUUUCUCACUCUUUCAUCACACUGUGUCACUGUCAUAGGGACAUUGUUACACAUCAAGCAAAGAACAACAACAACAACGAACGAACAAGGUUCUAUUCCUUAAACAAUGGUCGACCCGGCACCAUCCUCAGAAUCAGAGACCAGAAACGCCGUCAGUUCUGCUUCUUCGCCGUCAUCGUCGUCGUCGAGUUCUAAGAAACGAGGAAGAACCAACGACGGCAAUGGUAGUAGUAGUAACGACAGCAAGCAUUCGGUGUACAGAGGAGUCAGAAUGCGGACGUGGGGGAAAUGGGUGUCGGAAAUCCGCGAGCCGCGAAAAAAGAACCGAAUCUGGCUCGGCACCUUCGCCACCGCCGAGAUGGCGGCGCGUGCGCACGACGUGGCGGCGCUUACCAUAAAGGGCUCCUCGGCCAUCCUUAACUUCCCCGAACUCGCCGCCUCGCUGCCGCGCCCCGCCUCCAACUCCCCCCGCGACGUGCAGGCUGCGGCGGCCAAGGCCGCCUCCAUGGAGGCGCCGCCUCCUCGGACCCCUCCCUCCCCCGCCGCAGCGCCGGAGGACGACCUCGGCGAGAUUGUGGAGCUGCCGCCUCUGGGGUCCAUCUUCGACUCGCCCGACCCGAAUACGGAGUUCGUGUUCGUCGACCCGGAUGAAGGGUGGCCCUAUCCUCAACCGUGGUGUCACGGCAUUUAUGACGGUGGGUACUUCAUCGGCGACACGAACAUGGUUUCAAUGCAAGAGUCAGAAAGCAUGGUUCUUUCCUUAUGGCCUUGAACUCCGGCAAACAAAUUAUUACACUAAUGCUACCCAUUGAAGUAUGGUUUUUUUUUUCUUCAUAUUUUUGUGUGUGGUAUUUAGUUCAUGAUCGUGUUUUCUUAAGUAUUUGGUAAAAAAAUUCGAUUUUUCAGGCUCAUGUAUAUUGAAUAGAAAAAUAAUAUCUAUAUUGACCUGCCAAAAUCGAUACAAUAUAUCGAGAAAUUAUACCAUAAUUCUCGAUUAGGAACUUUAGGUUCAACAGUUUUCAUUAUUUUUGUAUUUUUUUUUCCUUUUCUUGAAUUGCAUAGUACUUAUAUGGGCCCUUCGGCAAA